GCGCCGCCCCCUCUCCCUCCCGGCCCCGCGCGCCGCCCCCUCUCGGCCUCUCCCUCCCCCCCGCGCCGGCGCGCCGCCCCCUCUCCCUCCCCCCGCGCGCCGCCCCCUCCUGCAAGUACUUCCGUUCUUUUGGAUCCGAAGGGUUGAAGAAUCAAGAUUACUCUUACUCCUAGAAGACUUUCCAGAACACGAGGGGAAAAAAAGGAAAAUCAGUCAAGAAAGAAAUUUCCCAAGCUUGCAAGUAAAUUCUGAAGGAACACUCUUAUCUUCUUCGCCACUGCACCUCCCGAAUGGCUAAACCCCUCCCCAUCCCCGCCCUCACGGUGGCUCGCCUUCCCUUCCGCAUCCUCUCCCCCUCAGCUCGACCUCUCUGCCUCCUCCCCUUCCUGCCCCCACCAUUCGUGCCUCAGAAACGCAGCCUUUCUGCGUCCGCUGUAUCCACCAGCAGGCGCGGCAGGCCGCUGGCCCCGGUCAUCAGCGAGGGCAGUGAUGGCGAGGAAGCUGCCGUCGGCCGGCCUGUAUGUCCUGGAUGCGGGGUCUUCAUGCAGGAUGCGGAUCCCAACCUCCCUGGCUUCUUCAAGAACCCCUCCCGCAGCUCCCAGGACAAAAUGAGAGAAAGUGGAGAAGGGCUUUUGACUGCUGAUACGGAUGCAUUUCUUGAAGGUGAGGAGGCGCGGGUGGCGAAAGACGCAUUGAUGUCAGAAUCAGAUGAUGAAUUGGAGUACCUGGACAGCGAUAUCGAUGAGUUCCCUGAAGAAAUUGAGGAGGAUGAAGAGGAUGAGUCAGCGGUGAAGGCUGGCACUGAUAUUGAUGGUUUUGACAGUGAUUGGGACUCCGAUUGGGAGGAGAUGGAAGAAGACGAGGAUGAGAAAUGGAGGAAAGAACUGGACGGUUUCACCCCACCAGGUGUUGGGUAUGGGAACAUCACCGAGGAGACAAUCGAGAGGCUAAAGAAAGAGAAACUGUCCAAAUCCGAAAGGAAGCGCCGGGCGAAGGAGGCCAAGAGGGCUGAGGCUGAGGAGGACUUGGCCGUGGUCUGUGCGCGGUGCCACUCCCUGAGAAAUUACGGACUUGUGAAGAAUGACAAGGCUGAGAACUUGAUCCCAGACUUUGAUUUUGAUAGGUUCAUUUCAUCUCGGCUGAUGAAGCGGUCAGCUAGCACCCCAGUUAUCAUCAUGGUGGUGGAUUGUGCAGACUUUGAUGGGUCAUUUCCCAAGCGAGCUGUCAAGUCAUUGUUUAAGGCACUUGAAGGAAGGAGGAAUUCUAAGGUGAGUGAAACACCGAGGCUUGUUCUUGUUGGUACAAAGGUAGAUUUGCUUCCAUGGCAGCAAAUGGGAGUGCGGUUCGAUAGGUGGGUUCGUGGCCGUGCUAAGGCUUUUGGAGCACCAAAGCUAGAUGCUGUUUUCUUGAUCAGCGUCCACAGAGAUCUGGCUGUUAGAAAUCUAAUUUCAUACAUAAAGGAUUCAGCAGGACCUCGUAGCAACGUUUGGGUGAUUGGUGCACAGAAUGCUGGGAAAUCUACGCUGAUCAAUGCAAUUGCAAAGAAACAAGGUGUUAAAAUCACAAGAUUGACUGAAGCUGCUGUCCCGGGAACAACAUUAGGCAUACUUAGGGUAACAGGUGUUUUACCUGCAAAGGCAAAGAUGUAUGACACUCCUGGCUUGUUGCAUCCGUACAUAAUGGCAAUGAGAUUAAAUAAUGAGGAACGAAAGAUGAUUGAAAUAAGGAAAGAAUUGCGGCCACGUUCCUUCAGGGUGAAAAUAGGACAAUCCAUCCAUAUUGGAGGCUUAACACGUCUGGAUGUGCUAAAAUCAUCAGCACAGACUAUCUAUGUAACUGUCUGGUCAUCUUCCAAUAUUCCCCUCCAUCUUGGAAAGACUGAAAAUGCUGGUGACUUGCGAGAGCAACAUUUUGGCAUCAGACUUCAGCCGCCAAUUGGCCCAGAGCGAGUCAAUGAAUUGGGUCACUGGACAGAAAGACGCAUUGAGGUGUCUGGGGAGAGCUGGGAUGUCAACAGUAUGGACAUCGCUGUUUCUGGCCUUGGAUGGUACUCCUUGGGUCUCAAAGGCACAGCCACUGUUUCCUUGUGGACAUUUGAGGGCAUUGGUGUGACAGAACGUGAUGCGAUGAUUCUGCACCGAGCCCAAUUUCUCGAAAGGCCUGGAUUUUGGUUACCCAUUGCCAUUGCUAAUGCUAUAGGUGAGGAGACAAGAAAGAAUAGCGAGAGGAGAAAGGCUGAGCAAAGAAGAAAAGAAGAAGAAGAAGAAGAAGAAGAAGAAGAAGAAGAAGAAGAAGAAGAAGAAGAAGAAGAGCUUCUUUUGGAAGAAAUGGUUGAGUGAUGAUUCUGUAGAGAUAAAGUCAGGAUUCUGUUUCUCCUGUCAACAUGGCUUUUUGGUUAUACCAGUUCUUGAUAUCUGUUGACAUGGGCUGCAUCCUGUGAUGUUUUUGUUUCCUCACAUAUAUCUCAUUUUUUAAAUCUAAUUCCCAUGUGUUCUUUGCAAUCAGUUUGUAAAUACCGCAUGCAUCCUA